UGAGCUGGCCGUGGAAGGUCCUCGUCGUUCUCUUGUUUCACAUAAUGAAUAGUGAACAUCGACAGGCUUUUAUCUAAUCAAUAUAUAUAUAUUUUUUUUUUCAUGACUCUAGACCGGUCGCCUCAGCAGAGCGCCGAGGUCUUUGUAAUUACCGGACUGCGUGCUGGUGCAGUUCACACGUGAGUUGGAACUGUUCCACAGCGGGGACGCGCGUGCGCUCUUGCUUUUGUACAGACAGCUCGCAAAGUGGCUGUUCAGGAAACCAGAUCAUUCCGAAGUGCAGCACUACUGGACAACACUCUCUCGCCGUCACUACCGGAGUCGGGAGAACACUCACCACAUCUCCUUGAACCUGUCUGCUGAUCUUGGAAUAGUUAACAUUCCCGGGCCAAAUACAAUUCGAAAAGGAUAGAAGUAAUGGAUGAAAGAAUACCGCACCGGCAGGAUAGACAAUUUAUGGAUCACACAGAUUUUCUUGGGAUGGAAUACCCCUCUCUCUACAUGUGUAAAUCCAAACGUGGAAUGAAGCGCGAGGACGGCAAGCAGGACGCUUACAAGUUGCCUCACCGCUUGAUUGAGAAGAAGAGGAGAGACAGAAUCAAUGAAUGUAUUGGACAGCUGAAGGACUUGUUACCCGAACAUCUGAAACUGACGACGCUGGGACAUUUGGAGAAAGCGGUUGUCCUGGAGUUGACUUUGAAGCAUUUAAAUGCUUUGACGGCCGUCACCGAACAACAACACCAGAAGAUUAUUGCUCUGCAAAACGGUGAUCGGUCGACGAAGUCGUCCAUUCACACUGAUUUGGACGCUUUCCACUCGGGGUUCCAGGCAUGUGCCAAAGAGGUGAUGCAGUACCUAAACAAGGUAGAAAACUGGACGACGCGAGAGCAGAGAUGUGCUCAUCUCAUCAAUCAUUUACACAAGGUCUCCGCGCAGUUUCAGCCUGCUGCACCGCUCCUCUCGCAGCUAGCGGCAGGGGAAGCGCAAGAGCGCGAUAUCCAGAAGGCUGACGGUCAAGCCAACUGCGUACCGGUCAUACAGAGGACCCAGACCGGCGAACUUAACGAGACUGACACUGAUACGGACAGUGGUUAUGGGGGUGAGCCUGACAAGAACGAAAACAAACUUGACCAAGGAUGUGAGCGCAGCAAAGCGCAAGCAUCCAAGGCGGUAAAGAUAAAACAGGAGUUUGGAGAUGACCGCGCCGCCAAGAAGCCAAAGAUGAACUGGGGAGGUGCAGUCGUGGCGGGGUCAGACGCCUCCACCAGACCCGACUUGGCCUUUAUGAACUCUUUAAUGGGAAUAGCGGGUGGUAUUGGACAACAGACGCCCUUUUGCAUGCCUUUCUAUUUCAUCAACCCGUCAGCGGCAGCAUCCUAUAUGCCUUUAUUUGAUAAAGGCAACCUAGAGAAAUAUGUAUAUCCAGCCGCAGCUGCGCUCACGUCCCCAUUCCCAUGGCUAUACCCUGGGCUCCCGGCACACGCGGCGGCCGCCGCCGCUGCGUCUUUCCCCGGGUUAUCCACGGAGAAGGGCUCCAGGUUUGGGUCCUCCUCCCACGCAAACGACUCUCCCUCCCACGACAGUGACGCUUCGAACGAGGCCGAGUCGGGCUCACCCGAGCAGAGAGAGGAGAGUCAGGAUGGUGACGGCGAGGGGGAUGACUCCCAAGACAACGACAACGAUGGUACAUAAUCGGAUGGAUUUUGCAACCAUUUUCUUGCUUGUAAAAACGGGCUAAUUUAUCUGCGUAUUUUAAUUUCAUUUGCAUUCUGCAUAGGAUUUUCUGUAUUUUCGUAUUCUUUCAUAUUUUAUUUUUUAUUGCAAGUAGUUUAUAGGAAAACAAAGUUUCACAGUUGUACUUCUCAUGUACCUUGGCUACAGGGAACGUUGUGACGUGUGCCUUUUGCACUUAAUGCUAGAUAAAACAAUCUGAAUGAAAAUCGACAAUGAUUGACACUAACAAACACAUAUGUAUUGUAUGUAGGGCAUAUUAUGCUUGAAAUAGGUGUUUCUCCAAUAAUGAUUAUUUGAAUGGCAAUCAAAAUGUGCGAAAAGAUUGAAGGAGACAAAUUGCUUCUAGUUUGACACCCCUAUUGUCUCAAUCAGUUGAUAGUCACUGUCUGAUGUUACAACUGACCUAUAGGCCAAGGUGAUCAUUUAUACCGCUGACUCUGUCUGUACAGCCAGUGAUCUGCCUCUUAUGUUGGCUAUCCUUUGAUCUGUUUCCACAUAUGCCUGCACUAAAUGGGCCUAUGUAAUAAGUUCUUGAAUAAGUAACUUCCAUACCUCAUUGCCCAGACCUGCA